AUGUCAGCCAUCUAUUCUGAAGCCCAAGUUGCUGGGUUUCUCAAACACCUUCAAGUCCCUCAAGAAUUCUACGUGGGCAAUGAGCCUAUUCUGGACCAUGCCUUUCUCAAAGUGCUGCACCAGCACAUGAUCGCAACAGUCCCAUAUGAUAACUUGACGCUGCAUUACUCGUCGCAUCGCAAUAUCACUCUCGAACCUCAAGCUCUCUACCAAAAGAUCGUGGCGGAUGGGCGCGGAAGGGGGGGUUACUGCAUGGAGAGUAACCUCUUCUUCUGCUACAUGCUGAGAGCUCUUGGUUUCCAAGUAUAUCCCGUAGGCGUACGAGUUCGUCUGCGAAAGGAUGGUUAUCGUUCACUAACUGUUCCUAGGGUUCACAUUGUCAAUAUUGUAACUCUGCCUGAUAAUUCUCGCUGGGUUAUGGAUGCUUCAUUUGGCGGCGACGGCCCAACACAGCCCAUGCCCUUGGUCGAGGGCGCCGAGUGGGUUAACAUGGGGACACAAGAUGCUCGUCUUAUCAAGGACUUCAUUCCCGGCCAAACAGAGCUCACGUCCGGGCGUCGUCUCUGGAUCUACCAAUGCCGCAACUCCCGCGACCAGCCUUGGACCAGCUUCUAUUCUUUCAGUCACUCAGUUGAAUGGCUACCAGCCGAUUUCGAGAUUAGCAACUGCUACACAGGCACAAGCCCACGCAGUUUCCAGACAACGACGGUUUUGAUUGUCAAGUUCCUUCUAAGAGAGAGCAAAACAUCAUCAACGGGUGAAGAAAUUUAUGGGAAACGAAUGCUGGUUAACGAUGUGGUUAAGGAGAACCCUGGAGGUAAGACAAAGGUUCUGAAAGAGCUGAGGACAGAGAAUGAGAGAGUGAAGGCGUUGAAGGAGUAUUUUGGCAUUGAUUUGACGACGGAAGAGAGAGAGGCUAUAGAGGGCUUCCAGACUGAGAUUAAGAGCGAGUAG